CUCGGCGCCGGAGCUGCCCCUAAGCUCUCGGGGUGGGCCAGGAUCCGUUUCCGGGAGUGGGAGCCGCCGCCUUCCUCAGGAGCACAAUGGCAGACACAGUCAGGAGGCGGAGGCUGAGGAGGCUAGCUUGCUGGGCCUUGAUGACUGUGCUCUUGGCAGACCUGUUGGCCCUAAGUGACACUCUGGCAGUGAUGUCUGUGGACCUGGGUAGUGAAUCCAUGAAGGUGGCCAUUGUCAAACCUGGAGUGCCCAUGGAAAUUGUCUUGAACAAGGAAUCCCGGAGGAAAACCCCAGUAACUGUGACCCUGAAAGAAAAUGAAAGGUUCUUUGGAGACUCUGCAGCAGGCAUGGCCAUCAAGAAUCCAAAGGCUACACUACGUUAUUUCCAGCACCUCCUGGGGAAGCAGGCAGAUAACCCCCAUGUGGCACUUUACCGGUCCCGUUUCCCAGAGCAUGAGCUAAGCUUUGAUCCACAGCGCCAGACUGUGUACUUCCAGAUCAGCCCGCAGCUGAAGUUCUCACCUGAGGAGGUGCUGGGCAUGAUUCUCAAUUACUCCCGUUCCCUGGCUGAGGAUUUUGCAGAGCAGCCCAUCAAGGAUGCAGUGAUCACCGUACCAGCCUUCUUCAACCAGGCUGAGCGCCGAGCUGUGCUGCAGGCUGCUCGCAUGGCUGGCCUGAAAGUGCUGCAACUCAUCAAUGACAACACUGCCACUGCCCUCAGCUACGGUGUCUUCCGCCGGAAAGAUAUCAACACCACCGCCCAGAAUGUCAUGUUCUAUGACAUGGGCUCUGGCAGCACCGUGUGCACCAUUGUGACCUACCAGACCGUAAAGACUAAGGAAGCUGGGAUGCAGCCACAGCUGCAGAUUCGGGGCGUAGGGUUUGACCGUACCCUGGGGGGCCUGGAGAUGGAGCUCCGGCUGCGUGAGCACCUGGCUGGGCUUUUCAAUGAGCAGCGCAAGGGUCAGAGAGCAAAAGAUGUACGGGAGAACCCACGUGCCAUGGCCAAGCUGCUGCGUGAGGCUAACCGGCUCAAAACCGUCCUGAGUGCCAACGCCGACCACAUGGCACAGAUCGAGGGCCUGAUGGACGAUGUGGACUUCAAGGCAAAAGUGACUCGAGUUGAGUUUGAGGAGUUGUGUGCAGACUUGUUUGAGCGGGUGCCUGGACCUGUACAGCAUGCCAUCCAGAGUGCUGAAAUGAGUUUGGAUGAGAUUGAGCAGGUGAUCCUGGUGGGUGGGGCCACUCGGGUCCCCAAAGUUCAGGAGGUACUGCUGAAGGCAGUGGGCAAAGAGGAGCUGGGAAAGAAUAUCAACGCAGACGAAGCUGCUGCAAUGGGGGCUGUGUACCAGGCAGCUGCACUCAGCAAAGCCUUCAAGGUGAAGCCAUUUGUUGUUCGAGAUGCGGUAGUCUACCCCAUCCUGGUGGAGUUCACAAGGGAAGUGGAGGAGGAGCCUGGGAUUCGCAAUCUGAAGCACAACAAACGUGUACUUUUCUCCCGGAUGGGGCCCUACCCUCAACGCAAAGUCAUCACCUUUAACCGCUACAGCCAUGAUUUCAACUUCCACAUCAACUAUGGUGACCUGGCCUUCCUGGGGCCUGAGGAUCUUAGGGUAUUUGGCUCCCAGAAUCUAACCACAGUGAAGCUAAAAGGUGUGGGUGAGAGCUUCAAGAAGUAUCCCGACUAUGAGUCCAAGGGCAUCAAGGCUCACUUCAACCUGGAUGAGAGUGGUGUGCUCAGUCUAGACAGGGUGGAAUCUGUAUUUGAGACGCUGGUGGAGGACAGCCCAGAAGAGGAGUCAACUCUCACCAAACUUGGCAACACCAUUUCCAGCCUGUUUGGAGGUGGUACCACACCAGAUGCCAAAGAGAAUGGUACUGAUGCAGUCCAGGAGGAAGAAGAAAGCCCUGCAGAGGGGGUCAAGGAGGAGCCUGGGGAGCAAGUAGAGCUCAAGGAGGAAGCCGAGGCCCCAGUGGAUACUUCUCAGCCCCCACCUCCUGAGCCUAAGGGGGAUGCAGCCCCUGAGGGAGAAAAGGCCACAGAAAAAGAAAAUGGAGACAAGUCUGAGGCCCAGAAGCCAAGUGAGAAGGAUGAGGCAGGGCCUGAGGGUGUCCCUCUGGCCCCAGAGGGAGAAAAGAAGCAGAAGUCUGCCAGGAAGCAGCGAAUGGUGGAGGAGAUCGGGGUGGAGCUGGUUGUUCUGGACCUGCCUGACUUACCAGAGGAUGAGCUGGCCCUUUCGGUGCAGAGACUUCAGGACUUGACACUCCGAGAUCUGGAAAAGCAGGAACGGGAGAAAGCUGCCAACAGCUUGGAAGCCUUCAUCUUUGAAACUCAGGACAAACUGUACCAGUCUGAGUACCAGGAAGUAUCCACAGAGGAGCAACGUGAGGAGAUCUUGGGGAAACUCAGUGCUGCGUCUACCUGGCUAGAGGAUGAAGGUUUCGGAGCUACCAUAGUGAUGUUAAAGGAGAAGCUGGCUGAGUUGAGGAAGCUGUGCCACGGGCUGUUUUUUCGGGUGGAAGAGCGCAAGAAGUGGCCUGAACGGCUGUCUGCCCUUGAUAAUCUCCUCAACCAUUCCAGCAUGUUCCUCAAGGGAGCCCGGCUCAUCCCAGAGAUGGACCAGAUCUUCACUGAGGUGGAGAUGACAACGUUAGAGAAAGUCAUCAACGAGACCUGGGCCUGGAAGAAUGCAACUGUGGCCGAACAGGCCAAGCUUCCCGCCACAGAGAAGCCCGUGUUGCUUUCAAAAGACAUUGAGGCCAAGAUGAUGACCUUGGACCGAGAGGUGCAGUAUCUGCUCAAUAAGGCCAAGUUUUCCAAGCCCCGGCCCCGGCCCAAGGACAAGAAUGGAACCCGGGUAGAGCCUCCUCUCAAUGCCAAUGCCAGUGACCAGGAGAAGAUCAUCCCUCCAGCAGGCCAGACUGAAGAUGCAAAACCCAUUUUAGAACCUGAGAAAGAAGAGACUCGAUCUGAACCAGGAGAUGCUGAGCCUCUGGAGUUAGGAGGUCCCGGAGCAGAACCCGAACAGAAGGAGCAGACUGCAGGACAAAAGCGGCCUUCGAAGAAUGAUGAACUAUAACCCCCACCUCCCGUCUCCCCCUUCACCUCCACCUCCUUCUCCCACCACCUCUAUUUAUUAAACAUCGAGGGUGGGAGGAGGGGUCGGUCCUGCCCUCGGACUCUGGUUCCUUUUCUCUUGCCCGUGACUGGAAGUGUGGAGAAGGGGAAGGGAGGGACAGCUCACCAGUUCCCUCUGCAUCAGCUCUGUGGUUAAAAACUGAAAUUGUUCCCUUUCCCAGUCCCACCCCCUGGUUCCCUACCCAUCCAGGCCCUAAAUUUGGGGAAAAUCACUAUUGUGUCUUAAUUCUUUGCCUGUGGGUAGAUUUGAGAUUGGCUGUCAGUGGUUGACAAGACCUGGUGGGGGAAGGAUGUCCUGGGAUACUGGGAGUUUCCUCUCUUCUCUGAUCACCCUUUUUUCCCUCCUUUCCUCUUCUGCUAUGAAAUUGACGUUCAUUCAAGCCAGUGUCUAGAGCCUCGGUACCAGGUUUGGUUUCCGAGUGUCUGUCUGUGCCCUUCCAUGUCUUCUCUUCCUUGCUCCGCCCUCCCAUUCCUGUCUAGCUCCUCUUCCCAUGGGUUCCUUGGCUUCCUGAUGUGAGUUGGGCAGUUCUCUGCCCCUUGCCCAAAGCCUUUCAUCUAGACUGGCUGAAGCAAAUCUGGAAGUAUCCUCACCUAUGUGUAUGACCUCUAAUGGCUGGAGUAGGGAGGUACAAGGUAAAGAAGGGAAUCCACCAUCUCUCCAGGGAGGUUGUUGUGUGCAGGCCGUGGAGCUCCUACCUGUGGGCUGUUGGGCCCAGGAAAGCCACAUGGAAUGAUUGGUGUGGGAUGCCAGCAUCCUGCAAGCUCUGUCAAAAUCUGCAUUUUUCCAGUAGCCUGGUACCCAGGUUCCUAUGAUUACCUGCCCCCUUCUCUCCUGCUGUACUGCUCCUCCCAGGCAGGGUCUUUCCCUUACCCCCUGCCCCCUGGGCUGACCAAAACGUGCUUUCUACUGUGAGCCCCUAACCCAACACCCUGGGGGAAGGAGAAACCAUGGUAUGAAUGUAAAAACGCCACCUCACUCUCUUGGAGGCAGGCCUUGUGGGUGAAGGAAGAGGGUCUGUGCUGGCCUUCCUCAUGGGCAUUGCUCUGCUAGGAUGGGGCCCCCAACCCACCGUGCGAUGCCUAGGGGGCCCGUCCUACAGUGUUCUGCCUGUAGCAGGAGCUAGGGCUGUCACCCCAGUUCUAAGACGAGCGAAUCUGGUUGUGUCAGUCAUUUUUUCUUUUUUUCUUUUUUUUGCCACAUUGGCAGAGAUGGGACCUAAGGGUUCCACCCCCUUCCCCACCCCCUUCUCUUCUGUAUGUUUGAGUCCUUUAAUUAGCAGUUGAAGCUGGUUGGACAGGUUUGAAUCAAAUUGUACUUUGCUCCAUUGUUAAUUGAGAAACUGUUUCAAUAAAAUAUUCUUUUCUACAA